AUGGUCAACACUAGGGGAGCAGACCCCUCUGUCGAUGGUCAAGAGACUUCCGACCUUCCCAUCUCCCCGGUGCUCAAGGAGGAGGCUCACCAUGAACUCCCUAAAAUCUCCCACUCUCUCGAGGAGGACGGCUCCCUCUCUCCUCGGGCAGCGAAGAAGCGUCGUCUCGAGUCCCAGCCGGAAGAACCCCCUAUGACCGAGGACCAACCGCAUGGACUACCAUUAGCCCUUCCACAACCCGUUCCGGGUCCCGGAGAUCAAAUAGAGGAGGAAUUGGCAUCCGCACUUGGAGCAGGCAUCGUUCACUCAGUUGAACCUCCCGCAAACCAAAAUGGCCAACUUUCGGUGCAACCUGGCGAAAGCCCGGUGGCGCCUGAACAGACUCCCAAUGUCAACUCAGACAUGGCGACGGUGAUCUCCAGCAUUCUAGAUCACACUGAGCGCGUGGAGGAACAUUGCGAUAUGGGGCCGCAAACACUGCCUGAUCUUUCGGGUCAGGGUGCGCCGAAAGGCAUGGUUUUUGUCAAGGCCAACUCGCAUCUGAAGAUUCAGAGUCUGCCUAUUCUUGAUAAUCUGUCCACGCAGAUCCUCUCCCUGCUGGCCAAAUCGACCUACCAAGAUAUCACCUCUUUCGUGUCGGAGCCGGACUCUGAGAACGGACAGGCAUACGCUACAAUGCGCUCUCUCUUUGAUCACACUAAGAAAGUGUAUUCGUCCAAAAAGUCCUUCCUCUCUCCGACCGAUCUGGAGCUCACCGAACCCGCUCAAGUUGACAUCAUCCGGAAGGCGAAUCUAGCCUCUUUCGUCUCGAGCAUAUUCGGGACACAAGAGAUCGGGUUCUCUGAGCUGAAUGACAACUUUCUUGAUGUAUUCGUCCCGGAAGGCGGCCGUCUCCUUAAGCAGCAGGGCGCACUUUUCCUCGAGCUCAAGACUCAAGCGUUUAUUGCAUCAAUGAACAAUACCGAGCGCACACGCACAGAACUACUAUAUCUUCUUUUCCCAGAUAACAUCGAGCAACAGCUGCUCGAUAGACGCCCUGGAACUCGUCAGCUGGCUCCAAGCGAAACUGAUUUCGUGAACCGAGCUGGAUCAAGACGCGACAUUUUGCUCAACGAUAUUAACAGCGAGGAAGCAAUGAAAGCCUUGCCAGACAAGUAUCAUUGGGAAGAUUUUCUCAGAGAUCUGAGUUCGUAUAUUACGAAGAAUUUUGAUACGAUCAAUAAUCAACAGUCGAAGAAGAUCACAAAGGGGCGGCAACCGUCCUCAUCAAACGGUGACUCGGAACCACCCAGUGCUCCUCUCCAGAGCCAGUUCCCUGUCGCUUCACAGGCUCCAGAGGUCCCUGUUGACAAGAACAUGCACGGGGAUCUCGUUGCUAGGGCAGCACGAGCAGCACAGAUUGCUCUGCAAGGUCACGGGCUGAGACGCUCGCAGCAGCAGGCUCAACAGCAACAACAACAAGCCCAGCAACAGCAGCAGCAGCAGGUGCAACAAUAUCAGCAGCAGCAGCAGCAACAGCCACAGCCGCCGCCGCCGCAACCGCAGCAGGGCAUCCAGAUUCUACAAGGCUAUACUCCUGCACAACAACAGCCAUACCAACCUAGUCCUGCUCCCUCCGGUUACCAGCAGUCGCCGAGCACCUACACUUUCCAGCAAAGUCCGAUGCAGCCAAACUUUCAACAAUACAGCCACCCUUCGCCAUCACCGAUGCCAGGCCGAGCCAACUCACAGUCUGCUAAUCACGGCUACAUGCCGGGCAUACCACACUACUCCCAGUCGCAACCGACGCAAGUUCUCUACGAGCGUGCACGCAUGGCCGCAUCGGCCAAAUCCUCUCCUAGCAGUCGCAAAUCUGGUCUACCCAGUCAGCGCCGGCCAUGGACAACGGAAGAGGAGAAUGCGCUAAUGGCCGGUCUGGACCGCGUCAAGGGUCCCCACUGGAGUCAGAUACUCGCCAUGUUUGGGCCGGGUGGAACCAUAAGCGAGGCGCUCAAGGACCGCAAUCAGGUCCAGCUGAAGGAUAAGGCUCGUAAUCUCAAACUCUUCUUCCUCAAGAGCGGGAUUGAAGUUCCCUAUUACCUCAAGUUUGUGACUGGAGAGCUUAAAACGCGUGCGCCUGCACAAGCAGCAAAGCGUGAGGCGCGGGAACGGCAGAAGAAGCAGGGUGAAGAGGACAAGGCCCAUGUCGAGGGGAUCAAGGGAAUGAUGGCGCUGGCGGGGGCUCAUCCUCAGCAGGUGUCGCACGGCCACGAGAGUAUGUCUGCGUCGCCACUGCCGCCUGAUCCAACGUUUGAUCAGACAGCGGAGCAGAACCUGAUGCAGACCCUGGGCAAGGAAGUGCACGGAGAGCAAUUUGGCCAGCCGCACCACCAUACCGAUCCGAACCUGCAUCUAGGGCAGUGA